UAUGCAUAGAUAUAUAUGAAGAAGUAUAUUGGAUGAAUGAAUAAAGCAUUAAUAUAGCAGAAACAUGGGCAAGAGAUCACACUUCAUUCUAGUUCAUGGUGCAGGGCAUGGAGCAUGGUGCUGGUACAAGCUUGCAUCUCUACUCGAGUCGGCGGGGCACAAGGUAACGGCGAUGGACCUCACUGGUUGUGGCAUUGAUUCUACAAGCAUCAGUGAGGUGAAGUCAGUGCGUGAGUAUGUAAAACCUCUGAUGGAAGUCAUGUCUGCUCUUCUUCCGGAUGAGAGGGUGGUGAUUGUUGGACAUAGUUUAGGUGGCAUGUCUAUUUCCUUUGCCAUUCAGGCCUUUCCACACAAGAUUGCCGUCGCUGUCUUUGCCACAGCUUUCAUCUGUAGCCCUGAUUCUCCUCUUUCAGAGUCUUUUAUCGAGAAUUAUCGAAGGACUUCCGACGGGUCGACAUUGCUCGAUUCUCAGCUUUACUUUGAUGAAGGCCCAGAGAACCUUCCAACAGCAGUCCUUUUUGGAGAGCAACUGUUAACAGAAAAGAUGUAUCAACUUUGUCCUUCAGAAGAUGUCAAAUUAGCUUCAAAGUUGAUGAGACCUUCCAAACUUUUUGUCUCUGAAUUGCAUGAUAGCUCUUUGUUCACAAAGGAAAGAUAUGGAUCAGUCCCCAAAGUGUACAUCAAAUGCACCAAAGAUAAGAUCCUCACUGAAAAUUUUCAGCAAUGGAUGAUCAACAGGGCCUCAGUUACUGAAGUUAUAGAGAUUGAUUCAGACCAUAUGGUAAUGCUCUCGAAACCUCGAGAGUUAUUCGACUGUCUUCUUGAGGUUACCGAGAAAUAUAUAUAACGCCGGAUCGAUAUGCUUUUUAUCUUGGUUGUUAGAAUAAGUAUUGCAGUUAACAAUAUAAGAAAGUAAUAUUGUAGCCUUUUGGCUUUGGUUUGUAAUUUAGAACUCUUGUAAUCCCUUCUUUUAUAUUAACAAAAUAGCUCUGUGAG